AUGUCAGCUUGUGGAAAACUCUUCUUCCAUGACUCUUCAGCUGAGAUAUUAGCCUUAAUGAAUCUGAGAGAAAUUGCAAAUCCUCCACAGCUUGAAGUGGAAACCCUAGAAACAAAGAAGAAAAAUUGGCGGAAAUUCGUCAACUCCGACGCGACGGGUUAUCAGGGCUCCCAUUGUGAGAGGAAUCUCAAUU